AUGUCGAACCGACCAGCACCUCCAUCCAUGCCUGCUGGCAGUCAUGAGAUGCAAAAUUACUACUCCAACCAAGACCCACCACGACCUACACCAUACACAGCACCAUCCAUCACACCCUAUCUCGGCCUCCGGGCCCGUCUAUCACAAGUCUGGAUCAAUCGAUGGACUAUCCUGCUCCUCCUCGUCCUUGCUCGAAGCCUCAUAGCUGUCUCCGGCCUCAAGAACGACCUCGAUUCCGCUCGACGAGAAGCACUCUCUGCAUGUUCCAGUGUCGAAUCGAUGGGAAGCGCCAUGGCAUCGAUGCCCCAUUACAUGGCACAAGGCGUGAAUGAGUUGACUGCCACUGGCGUGGAAAGAGCCGUCAAUGGCCUUAUGGAAAUGACAACAAUGAGCGUGACGGGCGUCGAAGAGAUUGUCUUGUUUGUCAUUAACAUGAUGACCUCGACAUACGUCUGCCUGAUCACCCUUGCUGUCGGCGGAAGUCUUCACGUUGCACUGAAGGUAGUCGAGGACGCUCAGGAUGCACUGAACAAAGCAAUCGACGGUAUCGGCGAGGACAUGGGCAAGGCAGUCCAAGGCUUUGAGGAUACCUAUAAAAGUUUCAUUGAUGCCCUCGACAAAGUCUCUCUUGGCUUCCUGAACACGGCCGAUCCACCUGAGCUUGAUCUUAGCAAACAAAUUGAUUCCUUGAAUAACCUCAAACUCCCUGGAGACUUAAGUCAAGGCCUCGACAAGUUGAACAACUCGAUUCCGACCUUUGCCGAGGUCCAGAACUUCACGGACAAUGCGAUUCGAUUGCCAUUCAAGGAAGUAAAGCUGCUGAUGAAGAAUGCAAUGGGCAACUACACUUUUGAUCGUUCGGUUUUCCCGGUACCUCAGAGAGAGCAACUCACAUUUUGCAGUGACAACAACAGCAUCAACAACUUUUUCGAUGAUCUGCUGAACCUUGCUCAUGUCGCUCGCACGAUCUUCCUUGGUGUACUUUUGACCGCCGCCAUCCUGAUCUGCAUCCCUAUGGCUUGGCGUGAAAUCAAACGCUGGCGAACGAUGCAAGAACGCUCCCAACUCGUCCAUUCGAACGCUCACGACCCGAUGGAUGUGGUUUACAUCGUCAGCAGACCUUACACGUCAUCUACCGGUAUCAAAGUGGCUAACCGGUUCAAAUCGCCUCGCCGACAGAUCUUGACAAGAUGGGUGAUUGCUUACGCGACUUCAACUCCGGCAUUGUUUGUCCUCUCACUUGGUGUGGCAGGCCUGUUCUCGUGUGCUUGCCAAGCAGUCAUGCUGAGAGCGCUGGAGAGGGAAGUACCCAACCUCGCCAGUCAGGUCGGUGCGUUUGCCGAUCAAGUCGUCACCUCGCUCAACAAUGCAAGUGAGCAAUGGGCCAUCGGUACCAACAAGGCCAUCGCUGCGACAAAUGAGGACAUCAACUCCAAUCUCUUCGGCUGGGUCAACACUACCACCGGUGCAGUCAACGACACUCUCAACGUUUUCGUUGACGGCGUUUCAGGCGUUCUCAACGACACCUUCGGUGGUACAGUCCUCUACGACCCUAUCAAAGAAGUCCUAAACUGUCUUGUGCUCCUCAAAGUGGCUGGCAUACAAAAAGCACUCACUUGGGUCUCUGAGAACGCGCGCAUUGACUUUCCCCUUAUGGCCAACGACACAUUCAGCCUGGGCGCAGUGGCCUCAAUUGCCUCCGCCAAUGACCCAAAGGCUGAAUCUUUUCUUUCCGAGCCGGGUGAUGCAGCCAAGGACAAGAUUUCAUCGAUUGUCGUGCGUAUGACCAAUCGCAUCGAGGAUGGAAUCAGAACUGAAGCCUUGAUCUCCACUGUUGUACUACUCAUCUGGGUGGCCAUUCUUCUGAUCGGCAUCAUCAGAGCAUUGACUUUGUGGUUCGGCAAAGACAAGACACGAGCUGAGGGUGGAGUUGGUGACGCCUACCAGAGCAACCGAGCCGGCUUCCAAGACAUUGCCUUGGACACAUACCAUCCCGAACGCCCUGCAAGCGGCGGCCUGGGCCCAGCGCCCGAGUAUACAAGAUCUAAUUCGACAGGAGAAGAUGCGUACUCGGAGCACAAGCUUGGGUUUGCUGGCCAACGAAACUACGAUUCCUCUUUGCGAAAAGAGGCGACCAAGGGCGGCCACAACAGAGUCUCGAGUCAUGCCGAGGUCUAUCCAGAUUAUAAGCGAUGA